CGGCUACCCGGCUUCGGCGAGUCUGGUCUUCUCCGCUGGCCCCGCCCUCGCGUGACGGCCGGACCGGGAAUUGGCAGCGGCGCUGCAGCCAUUUCCGGUUUCGGGGAGGUGGGUGCGGUGUGGAGCGGGAGUUGGCGCCGCAGCCGCCUCCAGAGCCUGCCGUGCUACCGGGUGCUGCCGGGACGAUGCGGCCGGAGCCUGGCGGCUGCUGCUGCCGCCGCCCGCUGCGGGCGAACGGCUGCGUGAAGAACGGGGAGGUGAGGAACGGGUAUGUGAAGAGCAGCACCGCCACUGCCGCGGCUGCCGGCCAGAUUCAUCAUGUUACAGAAAAUGGAGGACUUUAUAAAAGACCAUUUAAUGAAGUUUUUGAAGAAACACCCAUGCUGGUUGCCGUGCUCACAUAUGUCGGGUAUGGUGUGCUCACGCUCUUUGGAUAUCUUCGAGAUUUCUUGAGGCAUUGGAGAAUUGAAAAAUGCCACCAUGCAACAGAAAGAGAAGAACAAAAGGACUUUGUGUCAUUGUAUCAGGAUUUUGAAAACUUCUAUACAAGAAACCUCUACAUGAGGAUAAGAGACAACUGGAACCGACCUAUUUGUAGUGUGCCGGGAGCCAGGGUGGAUAUCAUGGAGAGACAGUCCCAUGACUACAACUGGUCGUUCAAGUACACAGGGAAUAUAAUUAAAGGUGUUAUAAACAUGGGUUCCUACAACUAUCUUGGAUUUGCGAGGAACACUGGAUCAUGUCAGGAAGCAGCUGCUGAAGUUCUCAAGGAGUAUGGAGCUGGAGUGUGUAGCACUCGCCAAGAGAUUGGAAACCUGGACAAGCAUGAAGAACUAGAGAAACUGGUAGCAAGGUUCUUGGGCGUGGAAGCUGCUAUGACCUAUGGCAUGGGAUUUGCCACAAAUUCAAUGAACAUUCCUGCUCUUGUUGGCAAAGGUUGUCUGAUUCUGAGUGAUGAACUGAACCAUGCAUCACUGGUUCUAGGAGCCAGGCUGUCGGGAGCAACCAUUCGAAUCUUCAAACACAACAAUAUGCAAAGCUUGGAGAAGCUUUUGAAAGAUGCCAUUGUUUAUGGUCAGCCUCGGACAAGAAGGCCCUGGAAGAAAAUCCUAAUCCUUGUGGAAGGCAUAUAUAGCAUGGAAGGGUCUAUUGUUCGCCUUCCUGAAGUGAUUGCUCUCAAGAAGAAGUACAAGGCGUACUUGUAUCUGGAUGAGGCACACAGCAUUGGGGCCCUUGGUCCUUCAGGGCGAGGUGUGGUAGACUACUUUGGCCUGGAUCCCGAGGAUGUAGAUGUUAUGAUGGGAACGUUCACAAAGAGCUUCGGUGCUUCUGGAGGAUACAUUGGAGGCAAGAAGGCACUGAUAGACUACCUGCGCACACAUUCUCACAGUGCUGUGUAUGCCACGUCGAUGUCCCCACCUGUGAUGGAGCAGAUCAUCACCUCCAUGAAGUGCAUCAUGGGGCAGGAUGGCACCAGCCUUGGCAAAGAAUGUAUACAACAGUUGGCUGAGAACACCAGGUAUUUCAGGAGACGCCUGAAAGAAAUGGGCUUCAUCAUCUAUGGCAAUGAAGACUCCCCGGUGGUGCCUUUGAUGCUCUACAUGCCGGCCAAGAUUGGUGCCUUUGGGCGGGAGAUGCUGAAGCGGAACAUUGGUGUAGUUGUGGUGGGAUUUCCUGCUACCCCAAUCAUUGAGUCCAGAGCCAGAUUUUGCCUGUCAGCAGCUCAUACCAAAGAAAUACUUGAUACAGCUUUAAAGGAGAUAGAUGAAGUCGGGGACCUGUUGCAGCUGAAGUACUCACGGCGUCGGUUGGUGCCUCUGUUGGACAGGCCCUUUGAUGAGACUACCUAUGAGGAAACAGAAGACUGAGCCUUUUUGGUGCUCCCUAGAGGGGGAAUCUCCCUCCCAGGACAGCGUGUGGCCUUUCUGAGCCAGUUCCAGGAACCACACUUCAGUGACCACCUCACGUGAAAGACAUUUCUGAAACUACUGAAGGUGGCCACCUCCACUCCAAAUGGCAUUUUGUAAAUAGUAAAAAACAAACUGCUUCACAUUCUUCCUUUGUUUGCUAAGUCUCACCUUUAUAUACAUAUAAAUAAUUACUUUGCCCAUUAAAAAAUGUUUUAUUUUAUAACUAUUCUACUUGUGAAAUCACGCUGACCCUUGCCUAUGCCUUACAGCACAGGCAUUCCCCACUCCAGCCACCUCAUGAACUUGGAUCCAUCAAGACUUACUCUGGCCCUGGCUCUCCAGCCUUGAGUCUCACUGGCCCUCUCCCUAGGGAGUAAGUGCCUUCUGCUGACUUCCUGUCCAGGUCUCAGAAGUCGCCCCCCCUGGUAGCCCUUAUUUAACUAGUCAAGUUAAUCAACCAAAGCAUCUGUCUUUAGUCUUCAAUGUUAACAAUGCCAAGAAGUUUAUUGUGUGGCCCCCACACACAAGGCCUCCCUAGACUGUUCUUACUCUGUUGUUGUGGUGGUGGUCACCAGAUAGUUUAUUCAUUGGUAGAUAUUUCUUCAUAUGGUCAUAGACUGAAGAUGUAUCCAGAGUUUGGGUUCUUCCCCACAUCUAACCCUAAUGCUUCCCACCUCCAAAGUUAUGACAGCCUCUGGCUGGUUCUGGGUCCAGAGUAGGAUUUGACGUGGUAAAGGAGAGUGUUGGUUAGUCCUUUGCCCGGUCCGCCUCAUCAUCAGUGGUAUAAGUUUUCCUUGUAGAUGCUGACCCACUUAAACAGUGCUCUUCCAAACGCCGGUUCUUCUACUCUUGACGUCCUAAGACGACCCUACCCAGCAUCUGGGGCUGGCUUCUCUUGAGCUUCUGUUGUGUAUUUUUUUCCUUUGAGGAAUUUCUGAUCAAAUACCUCUUUCCUAAACUGGAACAGCUUCUGUUUUUCUGUCACUACCAGGUCAGGGACUUCAUCCAGAGCUUUGUGCUGCUUGACCAAAGAACACAUCUGAAGAGCACCAUUUGGAGUUACUUUUUUCUUUCAACCAAAGCUUAGUUGAAGAGAACUUUUGUCUUUAUUGUACUGAAGAUGAAUUUAUCUUUUAGUAGUGAUCAAGUCUAGGGAACGAUUGAGAACAGAAUGAAAAGAGCUGUAUAAAAGUAUGUUCUAUAUGUCAUUCUUUAAAAUUGUUCUCUUUGUUGGUAAAGAUGCCCCAACCUGAUUCUCCUGGGACCUUCUUGUCUGCUGCAGUACAUGGAAGAGAAAGCAGAAGUGAUGCUGUUGGUGAAGCUGUGUUCCCAUGCCCUCUUGAGAUCUGGGAGCUUUCAGCCCAGGAGAUGGUCUGAGGUUGUAUGUGACUUUCUUAAAGAAUAGAAAUGGAGCUUGGCAAUGGCAUCACACGCCUUUAGUCCCAGCACUUGGGAGGCAGAGGCAGGUGGAUCUCUGUGAGCUUGAGGGCAGCCAGGGCUGCAUAGUGAAACCUGUCUCAAAGGAAGAAAAAACAAAAGCAAAUGGUAAAUAAAAGAACCACAGAAAGAGACAACUACAUUUAUAAAAAAGAUUUCGUAACGAAGCCUUGUAAAGCUCAAAACAUCUUGCUCACUUUCCCCCCGUGGAAGCCCACUGGAAUACCAAGUAUAGUUCCUUUAAUGAUAUAGACAUAGGGCUUGUAAAAGAAACCAACUUUAAGUGAUGAACGUGUCUUUUAGCAGUCACUUCAAAUUAAAGUGUUCUUGACAGGCAUUUAAAUUUUUAUGUGUGUAUCACUUGAUGCACAGUUUACUUUGAAGAGAGAAAACUCGUGUGAUCUACCUAUGAUCUCUACAUUCUAGAGAACAAAGUGGUAUGUGCACAUUAUAUGUGACUGGUUAUUCGUAACUCUGUUAUAGAAAUCUCCCGUCCAGUCAUGUCGUAGAUUAUUAUCCAAGUUUGGGGGCAGUACAGGGGUAAAGUAGCCCAGCAUUUGAGAAUCUUAAAGAGAUUCAAACAAGUCAGCUGCCACCACCAGACCUGACUGCUGAUUGGCCUGCAAAGUGCAGCUCAUCCUGGCGCUUUCCGUCCUGCCUUUCAUUACCGUUGUCCUUACUCAUUUCAUGUGUGUUAGACCCACUUCACAGCCAACCAGAAUCAUACAUAAGAUGGGGCAAGGGCAGUGUGAGCAUCUCCCCUCUGCAGUACCCCUGUUUAAGGGACCCAGCCCUCUUCAAUUCUUCAUGCUUUUCAACUCCUCUAAUCUAGGCAAGGUUCAAAAUCAGCUUCUUCCUCGAAUUCUCCAGCCUCACUUCUGCCUGUCCCUCUCUCUCCCUCUCUCCCCCUCCCUCCCUCCCUCUCCCCCCCCCCCUCUCCCCCCCCCCCCCCCCCCCCUCUCUCUUUGGCUGAAGGGUGGAGCACCCUCAUAGUGAUUGUCUCUGAUCCUUUGCUCGCCCUCCCUGUGCCUUCUUCAGAGGACUGAGGGUUGGGGGAGCUGCAGUGUAGACAGCCUGCUCCUUGCAUGCACAACCAUGCACUUCAGUGAUCAGCAGGGGACUUUUUCUAUCUUUAUUAGUUGAGGGGCUCUACAACUGAGUGUCCAUGACUGGCAGGGUGUGGCCGGAUUACCUGGUAUGUAACACACCCUGCAAAAAGUGGGCGGGAUGAACAACUGACAUAAAUCUUGCGACUUUUUGGACAAAGUAUCUACUACCAACUCCAUUUUUCCAAAUUGAUGAAUCUGCCUAAUGGUUUGUAGUAUUUUUGACAAAACCCAUAGAAAAUAACAACCGGUUCUCCUGUGUAAGUGACCGCUGUGGGUCAGGUAUGGUGCACAUCUGUAGUCCCACACUCGGGAGAGAAAGCUCUGGGGGUGAGGGUGGAUUGAUAUGACUGAGUGCCAGGAUGGUGUUAGAGGUAAAAAAUACCUGGGUGUCCCUGUCACUUUGCUUCACGUGUGGGGUUAGAAGAAGAGGGAGAAUAGUGUUCUUUCUGACUGCCCUGUGCCUGUGACGAUCAGGAACUGUGGAGUACUUCCCACAGGUAAAAUCACCUUAACCUGGGGCUAUGAAGAGAGAGAGGGGUUCAUAAAAGUGAGGAUUCUGCUUGGCAGUUUAUCAAAAAAGCUUUAGCCCCCAUCCCACCCACCACCCAGUUCCAGAACCGAUGGAUGAGCCUGGAUGAGCCCUUACCUGUAAGCUCGGUGCCCAGCAGGCAUCUUAAUCCAUUAAGCUGGUCAAUCAAAAUGCCUUCCAUGUGAAGAAAAGCAUGUCCUUCCUCCCCUCUGCCUUAUCCACAUGAAAUGCGUGCUUGGGCUCAUAGCCAGCCGCUGUGUCCAGUCAGAUAACCAACUCAGAGCUCAGAGAAAUGCUAAGGCCUUCCAGUGAUCCCUUGCCUUGCCUUGCCUAUAAAAUGGAAGUUAUCGGUGACUUGUGUUUUCCAAGCAGCUUUUUGCUGUAGAGUGAAGUGUUUCUAGGGAGGAAACACAAGGAGCCAAUUUAAGCCCUUAAUGAAAAUGACCUUUUUCAUCUUUGCUGAAUCUGAAGGCUUUACGUUCACAGUUCACCCUUGGGAGCAGCGUGGGGGUUGGGGAGAUGCGGGCAAUAUUGCAUUCACUAUAAUAUGGCCUUGCGUUGUAACCGUACCUGGUGUGCCGGAAGGAGGCGAGGCUCUCACCCUGCAGUCACUGUUUUUAAUGAAGCAAUACCUAAAGCUCUGUUUUUGGAGCAGUCGAGGUAGGUGGAUUGGAAGGUGCCUGCAAGAACGGCACCCCCACGUGCUGCUGCUCUCCCCAGGUCAACUCAGUCGAGCACAGGUCCCAGGUCUCCUGAACAGAUCCUGACUGUCAUAGGCCUUCCAAAUGAGUGGCGAUCGCAACACCAAGUGAGGUGGAGUAGUGACUUACCUUCCCCCUUAUCUUUCCUCAGGAUUGGUUUAGCCAGUAGUUGGAACUGAGAGCUUCCUUGUUAGGUCUUUCUCCACAGGACACAGAGGCCUUUUGUGUGAGCUUAGCCUGCAUGCCCAUAGUCUUGAUGAUCCCUCUCUGUACAGAGGCAGCUAGCAGUAAGGGAUGGGGAGAGGCGAGCAGGUGUGAGAACUCAAUUAGGGUGGUCCUGUUGACCCAUGCAUUCCCACUGACCGAGUUACUGUAAGCUGGAAUCUGUAAGGUGUCCUGUGACCUAACCCUUUCCAUUUGCUGCAAUGUUCUUACCACCUGGGAAUGUGGGGUUCUUUUGAAUUUUAGUAACGUCUUACAAAUGUCGCUCAGCUGUAGCCUUCUGCCUUCUUGCCAGAUCAUGAUUUUUUUAAAAUUUUAUUUUGUAUCGGAUAACUGUGAAGCUAUACAUAGUAGGUUGUGGAGGGUAUCCGUUUUCAGAGUACAUGUUCAUAAUUAAAGGGGACCUACUUGAGAUGAAUCAUCCCACAAAUAUUGUUUUGCCCUAAUAAAAUAUUCAGAAACAGA